AUGCCUCAACUUGUGGGAAAGAUGGUAGGGCCAGUUGGCUAUGGGCUCAUGGGUCUCACAUGGCGCCCAGAUCCACCAUCGCAAGAGCAGAGCUUUGAAGCUAUGCGCACCGCGCUGUCGCUUGGAGCAAACAAUUGGAAUGGCGGAGAGCUUUACGGUACACCAGAACGUAACUCUCUGCACCUUCUCAAUGAGUAUUUCACAAAGUACCCCGAGGACGCGGAAAAGGUUGUUUUGUCCAUCAAGGGCGGUCUCAAGAAGGGCGAAUUGACGCCAGAUGGCAGUCGGGAGAAUGUUAGACGCAGCAUUGAUGAGUGUUUGAGGGUAUUGGAUGGCAAGAAGAGUCUUGAUUUGUUUGAGUGUGCUAGGGUGGAUCCCAACACACCAAUCCAAGAUACCGUCAGUUACAUCGCCGAGUAUGUCAAGGAGGGCAAGCUGGGCGGCAUCAGUCUGUCAGAAGUUGGUGCGCAGUCAAUCCGAAAAGCGCACAGUGUGCACCCCAUCUCUGCGGUUGAGGUUGAGUUCUCGUUGUGGUCUACCGACAUUCUUGAAAACGGUGUCGCGGCCACAUGCGCAGAGCUCGGCAUUCCUAUCAUUGCAUACUCGCCUCUUGGACGCGGAUUCCUUACGGGCAAGUACAAGAAGCACAGCGACAUUGAGCCUGGCUCCAUGUUGCACCACAUGCCUAGGUUCCAGCCUGAGGUGUUCGAUGAGAACAUUAAGCUCCUCCACGCUGUCGAAGAUCUAGCCAAAUCAAAUGGUGCUACCCCAGCUCAAAUUGCCAUUGGGUGGGUGCUCGCGCACAGCGGAGCCAAAGGCCUGCCUACUAUCAUCCCGAUUCCGGGUGCUACGACAUCGCAGAGAAUCGAGGAGAACUUGAAGCCGGCGAAGCUCAACGAUGAGGAUAUGAAGGCACUGGACGAGAUUCUAAAGAAGAUCCCAGUCAUUGGUGGACGGUACAAUGAGGCUCAGGCUGCACUGCUGUUCGCAUAG